GCUCCUCUGUGUUUCCUGAACUCUGACCUCGGGGCUUGUGUCUGUGGUCGGCUCUCAUUCGAGGAAGAUUUUGCUGGUUGGAAAAUGAAAGUAUUCCUCCAGAUGAAUGGAUUGUCAGCGCCGUUUGACUAGCUGAGCAGCGGCUACACUCCCUCCGUAAUACGAUUUGCGGUCGUAGCGGGUCACACGGCUGCUGUCACAUAACAUGACCUACAUGUGUGAGUCGGUGUCGGGAUUUGUUUUGCUACAUAGCUAGUUAGCUGUUGGCUAGCCAGCUAGCUAGCAAGCUAACAGUGCUAACUCAAAAAAGCGUUGCUGUCAAGUCAGAUUAACAUCCGGCUUCAGUGUAACGUUAGCGUUAAAUCAGAUGACUACCAACCACUUCUUUCUCUAGGACUCAUGACCGCCCCUCUGUGACAAUGUUUUCGAUGUUAGUUUUACCAAGAAACGAAAUAAGCCGCCUACUAGCCGUACUUAGUUAUAACGGUGAAUUAGCUAACCUGAGCUAGCCAGGUAUUAGCUCACCGUGUCCACCAACAUCCAAGCAGCCGACAGUGUGAAGAGCAAGCUAACUGUUCACCCAGCAGCUAGUCGGGCUAGCGAGCAUACCGUUUUUUAGCAUCAACGGGAUAACGUUUCCAGCGAGAAUGGCUAACGUUACAGACCUGCAAGCAAAAUACAGCAAGCUGGCGCAGGAGUACUCCAAGCUCCGUGCCCAGAACCAGGUGCUGAAGAAAGGCGUUGUGGAUGAACAGGCCAACUCUGCCUCAUUUAAGGAACAGCUGAAGCAGCGGGACCAGAGCCUGAGGAAGCAGGAGCAGGAGAUGGACAGUCUCAGCUUCAGGAAUCAACAGCUGGCCAAAAGGGUGGAGCUGCUGCAAGAGGAGCUCACUGUCAGUGAAGCCAAGGGCAAAAAGGGGAAGAGUAAAGCAGACUCUCCCUCACAGCAUGGUCUGGAGACACAGAGUGUUUUUGACGAGGUCCUGCAGAAAAAGAUUGAAGAAAAUGAGCGACUUCAUAUCCAAUUUUAUGAAGCAGAUGAGCAGUACAGGAGGCAGGAGGCCGAGCUCACAACACGACUACAAGAGCUGGAAAAAGACUCUGAGCAGCACCAGGCUGUUGUAGAUGGACUCACCACAAAGUAUAUGGAAACGAUUGAGCGGCUGCAGAGUGACAAAGCACGUUUAGAGGUGAAAGCACAGACUCUGGAGAGGGAAGCAAAAGAGUGCAGAAUGCGAACAGAAGAGUGUCAGCAGCAGUUGAGGCGGUGCCAGUCAGAGCUGAACAGACAGGUGAAACAAAGCAGCAGUGUUAUCCAGGAGAAAGUGCCCUUCAAUGACACCAAAUUUAGUGACUACAACAGCCUAAAUGUGCCACCACACAAUCGAAGGCACCAGCUGAAAGCCCGGGAUGUGGCAGGUCAGGCCCUGAGCUUUAUUCAGGACCUGGUGGCUGCUCUGUUGAACUUCCACUCCUACACAGAGCAGAGAGUGCACAUCUAUCCCCUGGACUCCUCCAUUGAACCCAUCUCCCCGCUCAACCAGAAGUUUUCUCAGUAUCUACAUGAGAAUGCAGCCUAUGUGCGCCCCCUGGAGGACAGCUUUCUGCAGUUACACCAAAGCAUCACAGAGGACACAGUCACAGUACUGGAGACUGUGGUCAAGCUGAAGAGCUUUGCUGAUAAUUUCUCCUCAUACACCCACUUUCUGCAAAAGAUUCUUCCCUACCAGCUGAAAAGCCUGGAAGAAGAGUGCGAUACACCUCUUUGUACUGCUGCCCUUACUGCGAAAAACCAGGAGUUGCAGAGUGACAUGAAGAGAGUCACUUCUGUGUUUGAGAAGCUGCAGAGCUACAUUAACCUUUUGGCCUUACCCAGUGUUCGACAGGAUGCCAUGCCACAGAGCAGCACCUCGGCUGUCUUCACCCAGCUGGCUGCCUGCCUACACAGUCUUCACGAUGCCAUUAAAGAGAUGUCAAAGCACUACAACCAGAAGGCCAGCUUAGAGCAGGAGCUCCCCACCGUCACCCAGAAGCUCUGUACCACCACGGAGUGCCUGCUCGGAUCUUUGGGGUCUCUGACCAGCAACACCGGCAAGAUUGCCACUUUCUUCAGCAACAACUUGGACUUUUUCACAUCACCAGGCUACAGUCCAAGAGGCAGCACAGUAACCCUCAACCCCUUGCAAGCAGAAAGUAUGCUGGCCAACAAAAAGAAAGCAGCUACCUAUAUCCAUACUAUCAAAAAGGCCAGGCAGCAGUCUGUUCCAUACAGAGAAGCCCUGUCAAACCGUCGUAUCCUCACCAGCUCCACAGAGAGCAGAGAAGGUCUCACUCAGCAGGUGCAGCAGAGCCAGGAGAAGAUCGCUCGACUGGAGCAGGAGAAGGAGCACUGGCUCCUGGAGGCCCAGCUGGGGAAGGUGCGGUUGGAAAAGGAGAACCAGCGCAUUUCGGACCUGGAAGCGCAGCUCGCCGCCGCUCUUGGGGGAAGUCCAAAUUCUCAGCCAGCUGCAGCCAGCACACUCGCUCAGAGCCAUGAGGAAGCAGAGACAGAGCAGAAGGCUGUGGGGAAAGAGACCACGCUGUGCACGAGCCUGGUUGGCAUGUUGUGCACAACGCCUACAGUUGAGCAUGUGGGAGACGAGGAGUCGAGGGAGCAGCUGAUAAAGACUCACUACAUGGCCAGAGUGGGAGAGCUCACCACCCAGCUCCAGAUUUCAGACAGCAAAGCUGUGCACUUUCACUCAGAGUGUCGAGCUUUGGCCAAGAGAUUAGCCAUCGCAGAAAAAUCACGGGAGACUCUGAGCGAGGAGGUUAAACUGGCUAAUCAGAACAUCACACGCUUGCAGGAUGAGCUGGCUACGACCAAGAGAAGCUACGAAGACCAGCUCAGCAUGAUGAGCGACCACCUGUGUAGUAUGAAUGAGACUUUGAGCAAGCAGAGGGAGGAAAUCGACACGCUCAAACUGGGCAGCAAGGGAAAUGCCAAAAAGAACAAAGGUCGCUAGAGCUGCCCUCGAAACUCUGGCUCCAUUUUGGCAUCACAAAGUUCACCCUGAGAGAAGAUCUGGUCCGUGGAGCCUCCCAGCAGCAUCCUGGUACCAACACUACCACUGUCACCAAACCACAGGACGGCUACAUGAGCCUCAGAUUCCUCCACCGUCAGGCAGUGGCAAUACAAAUAAACUUGUACGGAGGCUUAAACAUGUUUGACUGAAGAAGCUUCUUUUUCCCCCCUCCUUUUCCUUGUCACAGCACCAGUUUUAACACAACCUGAUUUGCUAAAAAAAAUCUUUCUGAAACUGUAGCGGAAACUGCUGCUUGACCUUUUGGCCAAAGCAGGGUGGGACAGAAUCGGCCUUUCCCUAAAAGGGACAGAGGAAGAUGAACAGCGGGGACACUUGAAGUUGGCAAUGCUCACUGAAGUCAAGACUUGAAGACCAAACCCUGUUGAUCAGUGUGUGUACUUUUCCUGCUUUUAACGUACGUGUGAGAGCAAAUGAAACUGCAUUCUUAUCGCUUAUCUGUGGGUGCAGACGAAUAGAGUAAAUGUUGGUGUGGCUGCUGUAUGUGUGCAGAGUGUUUUGUCAUUGUGUGACUGUGGCACCGGGCUUUACAACAUGUGAGUUUUACAGUUUGUUUUUGUUUUGUUUUUUAGAUCCAAUUUGAAAUUAUUUGUGAAAGUGGUUCAAAGGGUGUGUAUGUCUACAUACAGCUACAACACCUGCAUAUAACACAAGCUUCUGUAAAGAAGGGCUUUAAAACCUGAAUGAACAACUAACAAAGACACACUUGAAUUCAUUCCUCCUUUUGGGAAAUUUUCAGUCCUUAGGGAGUGGAGAAAAGACAAAAAGAAAUGUCUGCCUUGAAGCACUGAUUAACUGUGUUUACAGAGAAGAAAAGGGUAGGAUGGACAAGUCAGAGCUCGUAAAUGGUGUCAGUCUGUCUCUGUGAAGUUACUCUGUAACAAUAGUCGUUUUUAUCACCAAAGUACAUGUGGAUGUGCACUCAGUAGCCUGGUGUGGCACAACAGUCUCUAAAUUCAUGUUGUAUUAUCUAUGGACAAAAAGGGUUAAUAUGAAUAUACACUCAUUUGAAAUCAUGAUAUAAUUGUACUGUAUAAUUUCUAAAAAAAUAUAUAUAUACAUAUAUAUAACAAAGGCAUUUAUUCAGAGGUUACAAUAUUUUAUUUUCCACAAAAAUUGGAAAGUCUGCAGCUAGUUAUCGUGUGUGUUUCCUGUAAGGCUGGAGAACUGGAAAGUGUCAUGGAGGGGUUGGCCCAUACUCGAAACUAGUGCUUAGACAACCUGAUUCAUGACUCAUGGCAGAGUGCAGUUAAAAGUUUACAGUAAAAGAGAACUCUUUUUUGGCUUGUAGUGACAUGAGGAAUAUGAAAGAAAAGCCCAGCAGUUAUGAGCAGUUCACUAAAACCUCUUGUUUGCCAGUCUACACCUGCCAGCAAACCUUUGGAUCAUAAAGAUUUGCCCCCCAAAACUGAUUUAAACAAAAGUUGUAUUCUCACAUUGUAACCUGUUCAAAAGCACAUAUAAAUAUGUGAAACUAAAUAAUAAAAAGCUUGAACCACA